AUGGCGAUUAGGGCUCGUCACCCUAACGUUCUCUCUCUCGUUCUUAUCUCCUUUCUCUCCAUCGCUUCUGCUAAGGUUUUCUUCGAAGAACGCUUCGAAGAUGGAUGGGAAAGUCGUUGGGUAAAAUCUGAGUGGAAGAAGGAUGAGAAUUUGGCCGGAGAAUGGAACUACACCUCUGGGAAAUGGAACGGAGAUGCUAAUGAUAAAGGUAUUCAAACAAGUGAAGAUUACCGAUUCUAUGCUAUCUCUGCUGAAUUCCCUGAAUUCACCAACAAGGAUAACACCUUAGUCUUCCAAUUUUCUGUCAAGCAUGAACAGAAGCUUGACUGUGGUGGUGGAUACAUGAAGUUGCUUAGCGGCGACGUUGAUCAGAAGAAAUUUGGAGGUGACACUCCUUACAGUAUCAUGUUUGGUCCAGAUAUCUGUGGUUACAGUACCAAGAAAGUACAUGCUAUUUUGACCUACAAUGACACAAACCAGUUGAUCAAGAAGGAUGUUCCAUGUGAGACUGACCAACUUACACAUGUUUACACCUUUAUCAUCCGUCCGGAUGCAACCUACAGCAUCUUGAUCGAUAAUGUUGAGAAGCAAACUGGUAGCCUCUACACUGAUUGGAAUCUCCUUCCUGCAAAGAAAAUUAAGGAUCCUGAGGCCAAGAAGCCAGAAGAUUGGGAUGACAAAGAGUUUAUUCCUGAUCCCGAGGACAAGAAACCAGAGGGAUAUGAUGACAUCCCUAAAGAAGUUGCAGACUCUGAUGCCAAAAAGCCUGAAGACUGGGAUGAUGAGGAAGAUGGUGAGUGGACUCCACCUACCAUUGCCAACCCAGAGUACAAGGGACCAUGGAAGCCAAAGAAAAUUAAGAACCCUAACUACAGUGGAAAGUGGAAGGCACCAUUGAUUGACAACCCAGACUUCAAGGAUGACCCUGACCUAUAUGUUUUCAAGUUGAAGUAUGUUGGUAUUGAAUUGUGGCAGGUGAAAUCUGGUACAUUGUUUGACAAUGUUGUUAUUACUGAUGAUCCCGAGUAUGCCAAGCAACUAGCUGAAGAAACAUGGGGCAAACAAAAGGACGCUGAGAAGGCAGCAUUUGAUGAGGCUGAGAAGAAGAAAGAAGAGGAGGAAUCAAAGGAUGAUCCUGUUGACUCUGAUGCCGAAGAGGAUGAUGAAGAUACUGAUGAUGCUAGCCACGACUCUGAUGCUGAAUCAAAGACAGAGGCUGGUGAAGACAGUAAUGAAGCCAAUAAAGAGGAUGUACAUGAUGAGCUCUAG